AUGAAAGAACCACACUUGCAGUUGUUCAACCCUGUGAACAUGGAGAGGGGCGGAUCGUUCCCUCAAUUUGCUUUACUGCCGCCAGAGAUUCGCAUCCAGAUAUGGAAGCAUGCAUCACAACGCCACCGCAUCAUAACCGUGGGUGUAACGACCCACCGGCGCGGGCUGCAGCGCCCCCGCGCCCACAAGAACCACUUGGGAAAGCCGAUAAUUGGAGAUAGUUGUCGCAUCGAGGUGGGAGGUGCUCAAGUGCUUAGCAAACUGCUAAGAGUAAAUCGAGAAUCCAGACAGCUCACGCUAGAGGUGCAGCGAGUUCACUUGCCGUGCUUCCUUACAGGAAGACUCAAGUCGGAACGAGCAACCUUGCAUUUCAACCCCGAACUUGAUAUCCUUCGGAUCACACCAUCCACCGACGUAGCUUUCGCCAAUUUGGUCUUCGAGCUCAAGGCCUACGACCCACGCGACGUCGGCCUGCUAAGGUUGGCAGCAGAUUUCAACAGCCUCGUACGCAUUAGUCAGGUCGAACCCGAAAAGCUUGAUCAGCAUAUGCAGAGCGCGUUCCGGUCGACCUUGAUACAAGUAGAGGAGGUGUUCUUCUGUGUGAUCGAACCUACCGGACGGGCCUUUCUAGGCCCCUUGAGCGGGAUCCCGGCGGCAAAGGGUGUGUGGUUCAACCGAUCCUAUCCGAUCCUCGCGGCAACGCCGACCUUUGACCUCAUAGCACGAGAUCCUCGCCCCAUUUGCGCAGACCUGUGUCGGGUUUUCGCGGGGACCGGCGAUCCGCGCAGAAUGGCUAUGGUUUGGAGCGAGACCCUCAGCAACUGGAAUAUCCAGCAGCCAGGUCGACAGGCCCGCUGUAGAUACCUCUUAGCCAUCGAACGAGGGGAACACCGGGGUAAUAACAUUGCCUGCCGUCAAGAUGCUGAAGAUUGGCUUCAGUUGGAGGACAGGGCGUGGACUAGGAGACAGCGGAAGUACGAGAAACAUAUACUCAGGUGGGGAGGAAAUGUUCCAGUCGAAAGUCCUGACAAGCUGGAGAAGGCCUCAAGGCCUGCUGUGGGCUUCUGGCUCUUCCCUCUCGAGGCUCUCGGGCCACUACCGAAGGACGAACCCCACGGGGGAAAUAUACAAUUCUUCACGAAACAACUGAGGAACAUGGCAGGCUCCUCUAUAUGGUUCUCCAUCUUCUCCUUGAAACAGAAGAAAUAG